UCCUCCGCUCUGAUAAACCCCCUUCAGUUUCCGCUGUUGUCGGAAAAACGUUGUGAAGGCCGUUAGCAGAGUGUCCCCUGAGAGCGCCGGUCGCGGAAAUGUCUGAUGAGAAAGGUUCCCUCGGGGGAGGUGUAGAGAAAGGAGAGGAGCCCGUGGGGACCAUCGCUGCUAGUGCGUACUCUGUGAAGCAGGCGGAUGAUGGGGAGGAGCCGAUGAAGGUGGGAGUGGCGGUGGGGGCUGGUGGCUGCUCUGACGACCUCAGCUAUGGGGAGGCCAACAUAGACCCCAGCCUCCUAGGGCUUGCGGGUGACGAGGAGAAAUGCCGGAAAAUCCGCAGGAAGUACCGGCAGCUCAUCUAUAACAUCCAGCAGAACCGUGAUGACCUAGUGAACACCGUGAGCGACUCGUUAACCGAGGCGCUCCAAGAAGCCGAUGUCCUGUUUGAUGGAGUGAGCCGAACAAGAGAAGCCGCUCUCGAUGCCCAGUUUCUUGUUCUGGCUUCUGAUUUGGGUAAAGAAAAAGCAAAGCAACUAAAUUGCGAUAUGAGCUUUUUUAACCAAGUAGCGUUUUGUGACUUUCUGUUUAUAUUUGUGGGUCUAAACUGGAUGGAAGAUGAACGUGAGGAAUUGAGUGGCUUUGAUGAUAAUAUAGUUCUUUCCUUCUGGGACACAGUACAGAAGGAGGCAUCGUCCUGGAUUUUGCAAGCUGAGACAUUCCACUUUAUUUUUGGUUCAUUCAAGUCCAAAGCUGCACCAAGGCCCCGACUUGAACACCACAAAAAAGCUCUCAAAAUGGAAGAAAAUGGGGAUAUGCCUACAAAGCUGAGGAAGUUGGACCUGAGUAAUAAUCAAGAAACAACAGAAAAAGAAGUAGAAAGAAUCUUGGGAUUGUUGCAAACUUACUUUCGGAAGUAUCCUGAUACUCCUGUGUCCUAUUUUGAGUUUGUGAUUGAUCCAAACUCUUUUUCUCGUACUGUGGAGAAUAUAUUUUAUGUUUCUUUCAUUAUAAGGGAUGGUUUUGCGAGACUAAGGCUUGACCAAGACAGGCUGCCCAUAUUAGAGCCAAUUAAUAUUAACCAAGUGGGUGAGGGAAAUGAUCCCUGUUCUCAUGGCAGGAAACAAGGAGUUAUAUCUUUGAGUUUACAGGACUGGAAAAAUAUUGUGGCAACUUUUGAAAUUUCAGAGGCUAUGAUCACAAACUCCUACUAGGAAUUUUCUUCAUGUAGGAUGCAUUUUGUGGCUUUUCUACAGUAUCUCAAAAUGGAGAGUAAAAUAAAGCAGAAGCACAUAACUAUUUCAUGUAAAGUGAGAAAGUAUUUUCAAAAACGCCAGAAAUUGUUUUACUGUGCAGUGUAUUUUUUUUUUUUGGUAGUUUAUAAGGUUGUCAUGAUUUUAUGUUAUUAAAAAAUUACUCACUGGCAUGUUUGCAGGAAGAUUUUUUUUAAAUGCCCUUUAAGACUUUAUCAAUAAAAAUUAGCUCUG